GUGUUGGCGGCGCUGGUGCCGCUGCUUGAGUCGCGCGUGCUGCAUGUGUCCAGCAGGGGCAUGGUGGUGCCGGCGGCGCCGGGGUUUCAGAUUAUUGCCACGGUGACGAGUGCGCCGGCGAGUGGUGCGGGCGGGGGACAUGGCGCGUACGGCAUGUCGAAUAUGGUCAAGGAGCUGCUGGGCGGCUUGUGGCGCACUGUUCGCGUGGACGCGCCCACGGACUCGGAGCAGAUGACCAUGCUGGCCACCGCCUACCCCUCGCUGCUGCCGCUGCUGCCCGCAGCAGUCGCCACGCUGUGCCUCAUCCAGGCGGCGGGCGGGCAUGACAGCGGGAGCAGCUCUGCGGCUGCUAGAGACGCAGGCGAGGAGGCUGCUGCAGCGGCGGCGGCUGGUCCAGGCACGCCCGGCUUUCAACUCACGGCAGCGGGCGCUGUCAGCAACCAGCCGCAGGCGGGGCAGCGGCGGCGGCGCGCGUCGUGGCAUGCGCUGGCGGAGGCG